AUGGCGGCGACAUCAACCACAGCCACGGUCACACCGCUGUUAAUCCACCUACUGCGCGGCGCCACCGACCACGCGUCUGUAGCCGCCACCCACGCAAAGCUGCUCAAGGUCGGCACCGCCUCCGCCGUCUCUUCUUGCAACCACAUCAUCGCUGCUUACUGUCGAUGCGGCGUCACUGCCCGCGCCCACGACCUGUUCGAUGGAAUGCCCGAGCGGGACGUCAUCUCCUGGACAGCCCUCAUGUCUGGGUACUCUAGCACCGGCCGACCCCGCCUGGCUGUUUCCCUCCUCCGUGACAUGUCUCACAGCGGCGUGCCACCGAAUGCCUUCACCUUCUCGACUGCCGUCAGCGCAUGCGCACGCCUUGCUGAUGCUGGACUUGGGCGGAAAGUGCAUGCCCGUGCUGAGGUCGAGGGCUACGCAUCUGAUGCUGUUGUUGCCACCGCGCUCGUUGACAUGUAUGGCAAGGCCGGAGAUGUGGAGGCUGCACGUGCAGUGUUUGAUGGUAUGGCUGCUCCGGCGAGGAAUGCGGUUUCAUGGGGCUCGAUGCUGUCUGUAUAUGCGCAGAAUGCGCUUGGGCGUGAGGCCAUCCAACUUUUCGCUGAGUUCAGAACCAAAGGUAAUUUCAUGGCGCCCAACCACUUCAUGCUGUCAAGCGUUGUGAAUGCGUGUGCAGGCGUUGGGCGGCUUGGAGUUGGCAAGUCUGUGCAUGGAACUGCCCUUCGGUUUGGGCAUGGAUGUAAUGGCGUGAUUGUUGUGGCCUUGGUUGACAUGUACUCCAAGUGUGGAUUCUAUGAGUACUCAAGAAAGUUGUUUGACAGGAUUGAGCAUCCAUCGGUCAUCUGCUAUACCUCCAUCAUUGUGGCAGCAGCAAAGUAUGGUCUUGGGAGCCAUUCAGGUCUUGUUGACACUGGCCUCCAUCUCCUCCACUCCAUGCAGAGCAAAUAUGACAUCCAUCCAUGCGCCAGCCACUAUACUUGUGCGGUUGACAUGCUUGGCCGGGCAGGACGGCUCGAGGAGGCAUUUGAGCUGGCCAACGAAGCGCAAGUUGAAGGCCGUGAUGCCCUCAUGCUGUGGAGCUCAUUGCUGUCCGCUUGCCGGACACAUAGGCGCUUAGAUCUAGCCACCAGGGCUGCCCACAGAGUGUCAGAGUUCAACCAAGAUGUAGCAGGUGCACUGGUAGUGAUGUCAAACGCAUACACUUCAGCCGGCCAGACUGACAAUGCUGCUGCUGUAUGGUCGAACAUGAGGCGACGAGGCAUACAGAAAGAUCCUGGGUGCAGCUGGAUUGAGAUAAAGGACAUACCCUACGUGUUCUACGCUGGAUUGGUAUCACCCUCCGGUGCAAGGGCAGGUGAAGUGAUGAUGUUGCUUGAUGAGUUAGAGGGUAAGAUGCGGGAGAAGGGUUACAAGGGUGGACUAGGUAGUAGCAGAGUCUUUGAUGCUCAUGAGGAGGAUGGAGAGGACGGGAAAGGCGAGAUGGUUGGAGUGCACAGUGAGUUAUUGGCUUUGGGGUUUGGUUUGCUGGUUAUCCCCAAGGGGAUGACCAUCAGGGUGAUGAAGAACCUGAGGAUGUGCUGUGACUGUCAUGACGCGUUCAAGCUCAUAAGUGACAUUAUGGAGCGCGAGUUCGUUGUGAGGGAUCUGAAUAGAUUCCAUCACUUCAAGAUGGGGUCAUGUUCUUGCAAUGACUACUGGGCCGGGGUUAAGAAGGUAACCACCAAAAUGUCUGAGAAAGUGGCAGCUGUAACACUGUUAUUUUGA